AUGGCGAGUAUUGCAUCUAGUAAAGUGUUUCAAACUGAAUUUGAGUGGAAGUAUAUUGAUUAUAACUGGUUAUCUGAAGGACAGAAAGAUGCGUAUAUUGGAGCGGACUUGUACGAUCACACUAAAAUUGUUCUUAUUGACGUUGACCGUGCACCAGAUGGAAGAACAUUUGUAACAGCUUCAAUGAGGGAAGGUGCUCCAGUAACUUUGGCCACCGUGUCUUCGGAAGUUGGUAAAGGUGGGCCUCUUCUCAGUCCUUACCCUAAUUGGGAUUACUACGAAAAAAGUGACAUUUGUCAAGGCAUAGUUAGCGUGUACAGAAUUUUUAUUGACAACUGCGACAGAUUGUGGUUGCUGGACAAUGGAUGGAUUGGCAACAAAUACAAGUGUCCAGCCAAACUGUUAGCUUUCAAUCUUACAUCUGACCAAGAAGUGGUGAGACAUGUUCUCGAUGACCGCGUGGCCAAAGGUAAAAAUGGAGCUAGUUUAUUCGUGACGCCAAUCGUCAAAACGAACCGUCGAUGUAACAGCACUACGGUGUAUAUGGCUGACGCUUUGGGGCACGGAUUAGUGAUCUAUAAAAAUGGUAAAACAGUCCGAUUGGAAGGUGAUGUAUAUGCUCCCGAUACAAAACACUCACGAGUCUCCUUAGGUGGAUUUGAUUUUUGGGUAUCGCUCGGUGUAAUAGGAAUGGCACUGUCACCGAGAAAAGACGGAAAACGCACUUUAUUUUUUCGAUCCUUUUCUUCCUUGUCCAUUUACGCUGCUGAUACGAGAGAAUUGGAAAAAAGUUUCAAAAAUGGUACAGUGAAUUAUCUAAGGGGCACCGAUAUUUUGCCAAGCCAAGGUUCAGCCAUGGCUUUUAGUUCACACCAUGGUGUGAUGUUUUAUGGUCUUGCCAAUAAAACUGACAUUGGUUGCUACAGAGUACGAAAUUCUUUAAAACCAGAAAAUCUUGGAAUUAUACCAACAGAGGAAGUAAUUUUUCGAUUCGUGAGUGGAAUGAAAGUUAAAAGAAUGAAGCAUAAAAGAGAUUACUUGUUAGUAAUGACCAAUAGAUAUCAGAAAUUUUCUUUGAGAACUGUGAAUUUUAGUGAAAUUAACUACCGCGUUGUAUCAGCUCCUGUUGAUAGUCUUAUCCGAAAAUCCAUUGCAUGCACUUUACUCAAUGAUUGA